AUGCCAACGGAAGGACCAGCGGCAGUCACCUCGGAGCGUCCUCGGCAUCAUGACCGGCCCAGACGGAAGGACAGUGUGCAGUCCAAGCCAUCCCUGCGAGCCUCUCACCCCCGACCAGCGGCUACUGCAGCCAAGAGCUGCGAGGAUGAGAUCAAUAGGUAUAUAGGAACGUCUUUUAAAAUGGUCUAAGAAGCCAAAAUAUGUUUAAAUGUAGAUAUAAUAGUUAUUAAUAGAUAAUCAAUAGAUGUUUAAAGACACAGAUAAACAGUAGUUGUGUAAAAAGCCAACACAUUGUACAGUUGUCUAAAUCAAUAUAUAUUUAAAUUGUUGUAUAGUUAUGGAUGCAUGCCAAUAACCUAGAUGUUUACACACAAUUCUAACUUUGUAUAACUAAUUUCUUUGUGUUUCAGACUGAAGGAGAUAAUCUGUGCUCUGCAGGCUGAGCGUCAGCAACAGCGCUCCAGGGAAGAGGAGGGGGACGGGCUGGGGGGUGUUAGACUGGGACCGCGGGGCCCCGAGGAGCUACGAUGGAGGAUCAACCAGCUGGAGAGAGACAAGCUGGAAAUAACCGCCAAACACAAUGAACAGGUACUGUAGACCUACCCUCACUUUUGUAACUCAAAACACAAUACUACUGUAUAAUAACUACACUUUUAUAACACAAUACAAUAUCAAUACUACUGUAUAAUAACUACACUUUUAUAACACAAUACAAUAUCAAUACUACUGUAUAAUAACUACACUUUUAUAACACAAUACAAGAUCAUUACUACUGUAUAAUAACUACAAUUUUAUAACACAACACAAUACAAUACUACUGUAUACUAAUUACACUUUUAUAACACAAUACAAUAUCAUCACUACUGUAUAAUAACACAAUACAAUAUCAAUACUACUGUAUUAUAACACAAUACAAUAUCAAUACUACUGUAUAAUAACUACACUUUUAUAACACAAUGCAAUACUACUGUAUAAUAACUACGCUUUUACAACACAAUACAAUAUCAAUACUACUGUAUAGUAACACAAUACAAUAUCAAUACUACUGUAUAAACUUUUUUCAUUUUUUUCAUUUAGCAGACGCUCUUAUCCAGAGCGACUUACGGUUAGUGAGUGCAUACAUUUUUCAUACUGUUCAUACUUUUUCAAACUUCACUAUCAUAACACAAUACAAUAUCAAUACUACUGUAUAAUAACACAAUACAAUAUCAAUACUACUGUAUAAUGACUACACUAUCAUAACACAAUUCCACUGCUAUGUACAGUACCAGUCAAAAGUUUGGACACACCUACUCAUUCAAGGGUUUUUCUUAAUUUUUACUGUUUUCUACAUUGUAGAAUAAUAGUGAAGACAUCAAAACUAUGAAAUAACACACAUGGAAUCAUGUAGUAACCCAAAAAAGGUCUUAAACAAAUCAAAAUAUAUUAUAUAUUUGAGAUUCUUCAAAGUAGCCACUGUGACGAGGACUGAGGAUACGAAGAGGCAAGACACAGACGCAGGCAUCAACAAUGUAAAGGUUUUACUAAACACUGAGCAAGAGAACGACAAAGAGCGAGUACACGACAAGACACUAACAAUCACACAACACAACACUGAAGAGUCCAGGGCUAUAUAGGGGUGGUGAUGAGAUGAUGAGGUGCAGGUGUGCUGGAGGUGAUUAGGGUGCGUUGGGUUUCCAUUCCGGUGUUGCCGAGGUGGUGCGCUCAGACCGGUGGCUCAGUAGACCGUCAAAUCAGAGCGCCGGAGGGGAGCAACGGGAGGAGACGUGACAGCCACCUUUGCUUUGCACACUCUUGGCAUUCUCUCAACCAGUUUCAUGAGGUAGUCACCUGGAAUGUAUUUCAAUUAACAGGUGUGCCUUGUUAAAAGUUAAUUUGUGGAAUUUCUUUCCAUCUUAAUGCGUUUGAGCCAAUCAGUUGUGUUGUGACAAGGUAGGCGGGCUAUACAGAAGAUAGCCGUAUUUGGUAAAAGACCAAGUCCAUAUUAUGGCAAGAACAGCUCAAAUAAGCAUUACUUUAAGACAUGAAGGUCAGUCAAUAUGGAACAUUUCAAGAACUUUGUAAGUUUCUUCAAGUGCAAUCGCAAAAAUAAUCAAGCGCUAUGAUGAAACUGGCUCUCAUGAGGACCGCCACAGGAAAGGAAGACCCAGAGUUACCUCUGCUGCAGAGGAUAAGUUCAUUAGAGUUAACUGCACCUCAGAUUGCAGCCCAAAUAAAUGCUUCACAGAGUUCAAGUAACAGACACAUCCCAACACAACUGUUCAGAGGAGACUGAGUGAAUCAGGCCUUCAUGGUCGAAUUGCUGCAAAGAAACCACUACUAAAGGACACCAAUAAGAAGAAGAGACUUGCUUGAGCCAAGAAACAUGAGCAAUGGACAUUAGACCGGUGGAAAUAUGUCCUUUGGUCUGAUGAGUCCAAAUUAGAAUUUUUGGUUCCAACCGCCGUGUCUUUGUGAGACGCGGUGUGGGUGAACGGAUGAUCUCUGCAUGUGUAGUUUCCACCGUAAAGCAUGGAGGAGGAGGUGUUAUGGUGUGGGGGAGCUUUGCUGGUGACACUGACUGUGAUUUAUUUAGAAUUCAAGGCACACUUAACCAGCAUGGCUACCACAGCAUUCUGCAGCGAUACGCCAUCCCAUCUGGUUUGCGCUUAGUGGGACUAUCAUUCGUUUUUCAACUGGACAAUGACCCAACACACCUCCAGGCUGUGUAAGGGCUAUUUUACCAAGAAGGAGAGUGAUGGAGUGCUGCAUCAGAUGACCUGGCCUCCACAAUCCCCCGACCUCAACCCAUUUGAGAUGGUUUGGGAUGAGUCGGACUGCAGAGUGAAGGAAAAGCAGCCAACAAGUGCUCAGCAUAUGAGGGAACUCCUUCAAGACUGUUGGAAAAGCAUUCCUCAUGAAGCUGGUUGAGAGAAUGCCAACACUGUGCAAAACUGUCAUCAAAGCAAAGGGUGGCUAUUUGAAGAAUCUCAAAUAUAAAAUAUAUUUGGAUUUGUUUAACACUUAUUUUGGUUACUACAUGAUUCCAUAUGUGUUAUAUCAUAGUUUUGAUGUCUUCACUAUUAUUCUACAAUGUAGAAAAUAGUAAAAGUAAAGGAAAAACCCUUGAAUUAGUAGGUGUGUCCAAUUCAAUCACAACAAACAAGGGCAGUAGUGAGUACAGCGAGGUAAGCUAAGCUAGCUUUGCUACGGAGAGAACAGAGUUUUGAAGUUGAGGACUUCUCCCCUCCUUACUGACUCGCCCAUCUCUAGAUGGUCAGCUCAUUCAGUUAUAUGUGUAGGCUAAAGCCUGCGCUGACCUUGUGUUUAGCCAAGCUGACAGCAGCUAGCUAGCACAGCUUGGUGAUGGCUGCAGCUGGCUAUCCCAUCUAGCUGAGUUUCAACCUUUCAUCACGUCAUGUAAAUAUAUGUUACCGUGGAAACGAUAUCAACUACGGCGAGUUGAAUGGCCGGUCUGUCCUACAACAUGAUAUUCUAUAACUAGCUAGCUUUUGUCUCUCCUUAAAGGUUUUCCUACUAAUUAUUUGCCUUCUUUUGAAAUGUUAUCGUGUUUCAAUCUCAAACGGCUCCUUUGAACACGAUGAAACAACGGAGCCCCUGUCACGAUCGUCUAAAGGAGGAGACCAAUGCGCAGCGUUGCGAGUGAACAUGAUGACUUUAAUAAGAAAAGCACGUCAAUACAAAACAAAAGAACGAAAGUGAAGUCCACAGUACAACGACUGAAACACGGAACAAAAACCCACAACCCACAUACGAACACAGACAGUUUAAAUAUGGCUCCCAAUCAGAGAUAACGAGCCGACAGCUGACACUCGUUACCUCCGAUUGGGAGUCACACACUACAACAAUCAAGAACCUAGAAAUAGACACACAGAACUCCCAACCUAGAAAUAAACGUGACAGACAUGCAAACAUACAAAAUCACCCAAAACCCAACAAAACAACAUACACCCUGGCUCAAAUACACAAGUCCUGGAGGCAGAGUGUGACAGUACCCCCCCCUAAAGGUGCGAACUCCGGGCGCACCAGCAUACAGUCUAGGGGAGGGUCUGGGUGGGCGUCUGUCCACGGUGGCGGUUCUGCCCCUGGUCGUGGUCCCCAUCCCACCUUAGUCACCACCCGCUUCCCUAGCCUCCUCCACAUUACCACCCCCCAACUACACCCCACUGGGUUAAGGGGCGGCACCGGACUAAGGGGCAGCACCGGACUACGGGGCAGUACCGGACUAAGGGGCAGUACCGGACUAAGGGGCAGUACCAGGCUGAAUGGCGGAUACUGGCUGGACGGCUCUGGUGGCUCCUGGCUGGUCGGCUCUGGCGGAUCCUGGCUGGACGGCUCUGGCGGAUCCCGGCUGGACGGCUCUGGCGGAUCCCGGCUGGACGGCUCUGGCGGAUCCCGGCUGGACGGCUCUGGCGGAUCCCGGCUGGACGGCUCUGGCGGAUCCUGGCUGGACGGCUCUGGCGGGUCCCGGCUGGACGGCUCUGGCGGAUCCCGGUUGGACGGCUCUGGCGGAUCCUGGCUGGACGGCUCUGGCGGAUCCCGGCUGGACGGCUCUGGCGGAUCCCGGCUGGACGGCUCUGGCGGAUCCUGGCUGGACGACGGAUCUGGCUGCUCAUGGCUGGCUGACGGAUCUGGCUGCUCAUGGCUGGCUGAAGGCUCUGGCUGAUCCCGUCUGGCGGAAGGCUCUGGCUGCUCCUGUCUGGCGGAAGGCUCUGGCUGAUCCGGUCUGACGGAAGGCUCUGGCUGCUCCUGUCUGGCGGAAGGCUCUGGCUGAUCCUGUCUGGCGGAAGGCUCUGGCUGAUCCUGUCUGGCGGAAGGCUCUGGCUGAUCCUGUCUGGCGGAAGGCUCUGGCUGAUCCUGUCUGGCGGAAGGCUCUGACUGAUCCUGUCUGGCGGAAGGCUCUGGCUGAUCCUGUCUGGCGGAAGGCUCUGGCUGAUCCUGUCUGGCGGAAGGCUCUGACUGAUCCUGUCUGGCGGAAGGCUCUGGCUGAUCCUGUCUGGCGGAGAGCUCUAGCGGCUCCGGUCUGGCGGACGGCUCUGAAGGCUCAUGGCAGACGGGCGGCUUUGCAGGCUCAGUACAGACGGGCAGUUCAGACGGCGUUGGGCAGACGGACAGUUCAGACGGCGUUGGGCAGACGGGCAGUUCAGACGGCGUUGGGCAGACGGGCAGUUCAGACGGCGUUGGGCAGACGGGCAGUUCAGACGGCGUUGGGCAGACGGGCAGUUCAGGCGCCUUUGGGCAGACGGGCAGUUCAGGCGCCGUUGGGCAGACGGGCAGUUCAGACGGCGUUGGGCAGACGGGCAGUUCAGACGGCGUUGGGCAGACGGCAGACUCUGGCUGUCUGAGGCGCAUCGUAGGCCUGGUGCGUGGUGCCGGAACAGGAGGUACCGGGCUGAGGACACGCAUCUCAGGGCUAGUGCGGGGAGAAGCAACAGGGCAUGCUGGACCCUGGGGACGCACCGUAGGCCUGAUGCGUGGUGCCGGAACUGGAGGUACCGGGCUGAGGACACGCAUCUCAGGGCUAGUGCGGGAAGCAGGAACAGGACGCACAGGACUCGGGGAACACACAGGAGGCUUAGUCCGUGGUGUAGGCCCUGGUGGUAAUGGACUGGAGACAGGAGGUGGUGCCGGAAAUACCGGACCGUGCAGGCGUACUGGCUCCCUUGAGCACUGAGCCUGACCAACCUUACCUGGUUGUAUGCUCCCCGUCGCCUGACCAGUACAGGGAGGUGGAAUAACCCGCACCGGGCUAUGUAGGCGAACCGGGGACACCAUGCGUAAGGCUGGUGCCAUGUAAGCCGGCCCGAGGAGACGCACUGGUGACCGGAUGCGUGGGGCCGGCCUCAUGACAUCUGGCUCAAUGCUCAGUCUAGCCCGGCCGAUACGUGGAGCCGGAAUGUACCGAACCGGGCUAUGCCUGCGUACAGGAGACACCAUGCGCUCUACUGCGUAACACGGUGUCUGCCCGUACUCUCGCUCUCCACGGUCAGUCCAGGGAGUAGGCGCAGGUCUCCUACCUGACUUCGCCACACUCCCUUCUAGCCCCCCCCCAAGAAAUUUUUGGGUAGUACUCUCGGGCUUCCAGCCUUGCCUCCGUGCUGCCUCCUCAUAUCGCCGCCUCUCGGCUUUAGCUGCCUCCCGCUCUUCACGAGGACGGCGAUAUUCUCCCGGUUGAUCCCAAGGCCCCUCACCAUCCAGAAUCUCCUCCCAUGUCCAUGAAUCCUUUAUGGGAGUCCAUAAAUCCUGUGUAGGUAGGUCCUGUUGCCGCUUGACACGCUGCUUGGUCUUUUUGUGGUGGGUUUUUCUGUCACGAUCGUCUAAAGGAGGAGACCAAUGCGCAGCGUUGCGAGUGAACAUGAUGACUUUAAUAAGAAAAGCACGUCAAUACAAAACAAAAGAACGAAAGUGAAGUCCACAGUACAACGACUGAAACACGGAACAAAAACCCACAACCCACAUACGAACACAGACAGUUUAAAUAUGGCUCCCAAUCAGAGAUAACGAGCCGACAGCUGACACUCGUUACCUCCGAUUGGGAGUCACCCACUACAACAAUCAAGAACCUAGAAAUAGACACACAGAACUCCCAACCUAGAAAUAAACGUGACAGACAUGCAAACAUACAAAAUCACCCAAAACCCAACAAAACAACAUACACCCUGGCUCAAAUACACAAGUCCUGGAGCCAGAGUGUGACAGCCCCAUUCAAUGAAGCGAAGAUUUCUGUUUUUUUGUCUUAUUUCUUGUUUGUUUCACAAGAAAAAAACAUUUUGCAUCUUCAAAGUGGUAGGCAUGUUGUGUAAAUAAAAUGAUACAAACCCCUCAAAAAAUCAAUUUUAAUUCCAGGUUGUAAGGCAACAAAAUAGGAAAAAUGCCAAGGGGGGUGAAUACUUUUGCAUGCCACUGUAUAUACAGGGGGUGCCGGUACUGAGUCAAUGUGCGGGGGCACCGGUUAGUCGAGGUAAUUGAGGUAAUAUGUACAUGUAGGUAGAGUUAUUAAAGUGACUAUGCAUAGAUAAUAAACAGAGAGUAGCAGCAGCUUAAAGGGGGGGCAAUGCAAAUAGUCUGGAUAGCCAUUUGAGUAAAUCAAAUCAAAUUUGACACCACCUGCUAUAGAGGUCCUGGAUGGCAGGAAGCUUGGCCCCAGUGAUGUACUGGGCCGUACGCACUACCCUCUGUAGUGCCUUGCGGUCGGAGGCCGAGCAGUUGCCAUACCAGGCGGUGAUGCAACCAGUCAGGAUGCUCUCGAUGGUGCAGCUGUAGAACUUUUUGAGGAUCUGUGGACCCAUGCCAAAUAUUUUCAGUCUCCUGAGGGGGAAUAGGCAUUGUCGUGCCCUCUUCACAACUGUCUUGGUGUGUUUGGACAAUGAUAGUUUGUUGGUGAUGUGGACACCAAGGAACUUGAAGCUCUCAACCUGCUCCACUACAGCCCCGUCGAUGAGAAUGGGGGCGUGCUCAGUCCUCUUUUUUUUCCUGUAGUCCACAAUCAUCUCCUUUGUCUUGGUCAUGUUGAGGGAGAGGUCUCUGACCUCCUCCCUAUAGGCUGUCUCAUCGUUGUCGGUGAUCAGGCCUACCACUGUUGUGUCAUCGGCAAACUUAAUUAUCGUGUUGGAGUCGUGCCUGGCCAUGCAGUCAUGGGUGAACAGGGAGUACAGGAGGGGACUGAGCACGCACCCCUGAGGGGCCCUCGUGUUGAGGAUCAGCGUGGCAGAUGUGUUGUUACCUACCCUUACCACCUGGGGGCGGCCCGUCAGGAAGUCCAAGGUCCAGGUGCAGAGGGAGGUGUUUAGUCCCAGGAUCCUUAGCUUAGUGAUGAGCUUUGAGGGCACUAUGGUGUUGAACGCUGAGCUGUAGUCAAUGAACAGCAUUCUCACGUACAAUUGAAGUCAGAUGUUUACAUACACCUUAGCCAAAUGCAUUUAAAGUCAGUUUUUCACAAUUCCUGACAUUUAAUCCUAGUAAAAAUUAUGUUAUGAUCACCACUUUAUUUUAAGAAUGUGAAAUGUCAGAAUAAUAAUAAUAUAAUAAUAAUAAUAAUAAUAAUAUAAUAUGCCAUUUAGCAGACGCUUUUAUCCAAAGCGACUUACAGUCAUGUGUGCAUACAUUUUUACGUAUGGGUGGUCCCGGGGAUCGAACCCACUACCUUGGCGUUACAAGCGCCGUGCUCUACCAGUUGAGCUACAGAGGACCACAUAAUAGUAGAGAGAAUGAUUUAUUUCAGCUUUUAUUUCUUUAAUCACAUUCCCAGUGGGUCAGAAGUUUACAUACACUCAAUUAGUAUUUGGUAGCAUUGCCUUUAAAUUGUUUAACUUGGGUCAAACGUUUCGGGUAGCCUUCCACAAGCUUCCCACAAUAAGUUGGGUGAAUUUUGGCCCAUUCCUUCUGACAGAGCUGGUGUAACUGAGUCAGGUUUGUAGGCUUCCUUGCACGCACACGCUUUUUUAGUUCCUCCCACACAUUUUCUGUAGGAUUGAGGUCAGGGCUUUGUGAUGGCCACUCCAAUACCUUGACUUUGUUGUCCUUAAGCCAUUUUCCACAACUUUGGAAGUAUGCUUGGGGUCAUUGUCCAUUUGGAAGACCCAUUUGCGACCAAGCUUUGACUUCCUGACUGAUGUCUUGAGAAGUUGCUUCAAUAUAUACACAUACUUUUCCUUCCUCAUGAUGCCAUCUAUUUUGUGAAGUGCACCAGUCCCUCCUGCAGCAAAGCACCCCCACAGCAUGAUGCUGCCACCCCUGUGCUUCACGGUUGGGAUGGUGUUCUUCGGCUUGCAAGCAACCCCCUUUUUCCUCCUAACAUAACGAUGGUCAUUAUGGCCAAACAGUUCUAUUUUUGUUUCAUCAGACCAGAGGACAUUUCUCCAAAAAAUACGAUCUUUGUCCCUAUGUGCAGUUGCAAACCGUAGUCUGGCUUUUUUAUGGCGGUUUUGGAGCAGUGGCUUCUUCCUUGCUGAGCGGCCUUUCAGGUUAUGUCGAUAUAGGACUCGUUUUACUGUGGAUAUAGAUACAUUUGUACCUGUUUCCUCCAGCAUCUUCACAAGGUCCUUUGCUGUUGUUCUGGGAUUGAUUUGCACUUUUCGCACCAAAGUACGUUAAUCUCUAGGAGACAGAACGCGUCUCCUUCCUGAGCGGUAUGACGGCUGCGUGGUCCCAUGUUGUUUAUACUUGCAUACUAUUGUUUGUACAAAUGAACGUGGUACCUUCAGGCGUUUGAAAAUUGCUCCCAAGGAUGAACCAGACUUGUGGAGGUCUACAACUUGGCUGAUUUCUUUUGAUUUUCACAUGAUGUCAAGCAAAGAGGCACUGAGUUUGAAGGUAGGCCUUGAAAUACAUCCACAGGUACACCUCCAAUUGACUCAAAUGAUGUCAAUUAGCCUAUCAGAAGCUUCUAGACAUCAAUUUCUGGAAUUUUUCAAGCUGUUUAAAGGCAUAGUCAACUUAGUGUAUGUAAACUUCUGACCCACUGGAAUUGUGAUACAGUGAAUUAUAAGUGAAAUAAUCUGUCUGUAAACAAUUGUUGGAAAAAUUACAGUGAGGGGAAAAAAAGUAUUUGAUCCCCUGCUGAUUUUGUCCGUUUGCCCACUGACAAAGACAUGAUCAGUCUAUAAUUUUAAUGGUAGGUUUAUUUGAACAGUGAGAGACAGAAUAACAACAAAAAAAUACAGAUAAACGCAUGUCAAAAAUGUUAUAAAUUGAUUUGCAUUUUAAUGAGGGAAAUAAGUAUUUGACCCCUCUGCAAAAUAUGACUUAGUACUUGGUGGCAAAACCCUUGUUGGCAAUCACAGAGGUAAGACGUUUCUUGUAGUUGGCCACCAGGUUUGCACACAUCUCAGGAGGGAUUUUGUCCCACUCCUCUUUGCAGAUCUUCUCCAAGUCAUUAAGGUUUCGAGGCUGACGUUUGGCAACUCGAACCUUCAGCUCCCUCCACAGAUUUUCUAUGGGAUUAAGGUCUGGAGACUGGCUAGGCCAUUCCAGGACCUUAAUGUGCUUCUUCUUGAGCCACUCCUUUGUUGCCUUGGCCGUGUGUUUUGGGUCAUUGUCAUGCUGGAAUACCCAUCCACGACCCAUUUUCAAUGCCCUGGCUGAGGGAAGGAGGUUCUCACCCAAGAUUUGACGGUACAUGGCCCCGUCCAUCGUCCCUUUGAUGCGGUGAAGUUGUCCUGUCCCCUUAGCAGAAAAACACCCCUAAAGCAUAAUGUUUCCACCUCCAUGUUUGACGGUGGGGAUGGUGUUCUUGGCGUCAUAGGCAGCAUUCCUCCUCCAAACACGGCGAGUUGAGUUGAUGCCAAAGAGCUCCAUUUUGGUCUCAUCUGACCACAACACUUUCACCCAGUUCUCCUCUGAAUCAUUCAGAUGUUCAUUGGCAAACUUCAGACAGGCAUAUAUAUGUGCUUUCUUGAGCAGGGGGACCUUGCGUGCGCUGCAAGAUUUCAGUCCUUCAUGGCGUAGUGUGUUACCAAUUGUUUUCUUGGUGACUAUGGUCCCAGCUGCCUUGAGAUAAUUGACAAGAUCCUCCUGUGUAGUUCUGGGCUGAUUCCUCACCGUUCUCAUGAUCAUUGCAACUCCACGAGGUGAGAUUUUGCAUGGAGCCCCAGGCCAAGGGAGAUUGACAGUCUUUUGUGUUUCUUCCAUUUGCGAAUAAUCACACCAACUGUUGUCACCUUCUCACCAAGCUGCUUGGCGAUGGUCUUGUAGCCCAUUCCAGCCUUGUGUAGGUCUACAAUCUUGUCCCUGACAUCCUUGGAGAGCUCUUUGGUCUUGGCCAUGGUGGAGAGUUUGGAAUCUGAUUGAUUGAUUGCUGCUGUGGACAGGUGUCUUUUAUACAGGUAACAAGCUGAGAUUAGGAGCACUCCCUUUAAGAGUGUGCUCCUAAUCUCAGCUCGUUACCUGUAUAAAAGACACCUGGAAGACAGAAAUCUUUCUGAUUGAGAGUGGGUCAAAUUCUUAUUUCCCUCAUUAAAAUGCAAAUCAAUUUAUAACAUUUUUGACAUGCGUUUUUCUGGAUUUUUGUUGUUGUUAUUCUGUCUCUCACUGUUCAAAUAAACCUACCAUUAAAAUGAUAGACUGAUCAUUUCUUUGUCAGUGGGCAAACGUACAAAAUCAGCAGGGGAUCAAAUACUUUUUUCCCUCACUGUACUUCUGUCAUGCACAAAGUAGAUGUCCUAACCGACUUGCCAAAACUAUAGUUUGUUAACAAGAAAUUUGUGGAGUGGUUGAAAAACGAGUUUUAAUGACUCCAACCUAAGUGUAUGUUAACUUCCGACUUCAACUGUAGGUGUUCCUCUUGUCCAGGUGGGAAAGGGCAGUGUGGAGUGCAAUAGAGAUUGCAUCAUUUGUGGAUCUGUUGGGGCGGUAUGCAAAUUGGAGUGGGAUAAUGGUGUUGAUGUGAGCCAUGACCAGCCUUUCAAAGCACUUCAUGGCUACAGACGUGAUGCUACGGGUCGGUAGUCAUUUAGGCAGGUUAUCUUAGUGUCCUUGAGCACAGGGACUAUGGUGGUCCACUUGAAACAUGUUGGUAUUACAGAAUCAGACAGGGAGAAGUUGAAAAUGUCAGUGAAGACACUUGCCAGUUGGUCAGCGCAUGCUCGGAGUACACGUCCUGGUAAUCCGUCUGGCCCUGCGGCCUUGUGAAUGUUGACCUGUUUAAAGGUCUUACUCACAUCGACUACGGAGAGCGUGAUCACACAGUCGUCCGGAACAGCUGAUGCUCUCAUGCAUGCUUCAGUGUUGCUUGCCUCGAUGCGAUCAUAUAAGUAAUUUAGCUUGUCUGGAAGGCUUGUGUCACUGGGCAGCUUUUGGCUGUGCUUCCCUUUGUAGUCUGUAAUAGUUUUCAAGCCCUGCCACAUCUUAUUUCUUAUAAGCGUCCGGGUUAGAGUCCCGUUCCUUGAAAGCGGCAGCUCUACCCUUUUAGCUCAUUGCGGAUGUUGCCUGUAAUCCAUGGCUCUGGUUGGUGGUAUGUACGUACAGUCACUUUGGGGACGACGUCAUCGAUGCACUUAUUGAUGAAACCAAUUACUAAUGUGGUGUACGGGGAAACGGAGGUAACGGAGGUGCGGGUGGUUGUUGCUGGGGUAACGGAGGUGCAGGUGGUUGUUGCUGGGGUAACGGAGGUGCAGGUGCUAGUUGCUGGGGUAACGGAGGUGCAGGUGGUUGUUGCUGGGGUAAAGGAGGUGCAGGUGCUUGUUGUGAUGUUACCCUCGUUCUGCUGUUGCUAGGACCUGGCUCUUCUUAAUCUUGUUGGUCAGCAGGCGGUAUGGGCGGGUAUUACAUUUGCUGCUAGGUUCCUCAACCUCUGUGGUUGGGUCAGCAGGCUGCUCGGUGAGCUCAGCUUCGCACUCAACAUGGUGGUCCUCUAUUUUUUUGCUCUUGGCAGUGCCCAGCCAUUUUCAGAUAUCCAUUCUGAUUAGCCAGAUUAUAAUUAUUCAGCUUGCGGCUAACAAAACAUAAUGAAGCUAGUAGCUACUAGCUAUCCUAUUAUUAGCUGUAGCUACUAGCUAUCCUAUUAUUAGCUGUAGCUACUAGCUAGCCUAUUAUUAGCUGUAGCUACUAGCUAUCCUAUUAUUAGCUGUAGCUACUAGCUAGCCUAUUAUUAGCUGUAGCUACUAGCUAGCCUAUUAUUAGCUGUAGCUACUAGCUAGCCUAUUAUUAGCUGUAGCUACUAGCUAGCCUAUUAUUAGCUGUAGCUAAUGUGGCCCUGUGUAGCUCAAUUGGUAGAACAUGGCGCUUGCAAUGGCAGGGUUGUGGGUUCGAUUCCCACGGGGGGCCAGUAUGAUAUAUUUAUUUUUUUAACUAACUGUAAGUCGCUCUGGAUAAGAGCGUCUGCUAAAUGAAUAAAAUGUCAAAUCUGUAGCUACUAGCUAGCCUAUUAUUAGCUGUAGCUACUAGCUAGCCAAUUAUUAGCUGUAGCUGUCUGUAAAAGUUAACAACUUUUUGUUCCUCUCUGUGAGAAAACAACGGUCAAAUUGACCCACGUCCUGUGACCACCCGCCAACGUGGCUGGUGAAAUAGUACCCACCAAUGCCAAAAUCUACCCCCAUGUGGCAGGUGUUAAUUUCCAACCCUGAGUGUGUGCUGACGUGAUAUGUUACUAUGGCUGUAUGAACCUCCAGUUUUUUUUUUUAUACACAUUGAAGGGAUAGGGAGCCAGUUGGGAGCGUCUGACUCUCGAAUCACCCAACGUUCCUCCACCCCGUCCCCUCCAGGUAUCCUCUCUAGAGGGCCAGGUGGCCAGGCUGAGAGCAGCAGUGGAGCGAGGAGAGGCACAGAGACAGACUCUAGAGUAUGAUAUGGCUGUAGCCAGGAAGGAGGCUGGAGCGGAGAGGAGUAACGUCCAGGAAAACAUGGCUGCUCUCUGCAGUCAGAACGAACAACUCAUGGGUAAGAGAGAGAGAGAGAGAGAGAGAGAGAGAGAGAGAGAGAGAGAGAGAGAGAGAGAGAGAGAGAGAGAGAUUGAUAGUGCUGAGCGAUUAGUGCUUUUUGAGGUCGGUUUUGGUUCAAUUAUUUAAAAAAAAAUCUGUUUCGAUCAUUUUUGAAAACAUGGAUGUGUUAUGAAUGCAACCCUGACUAAUAGUGCUGAGUGGUUAGUGCUUUUUGAGGUCGGUUCGAUUAUUAAUAAAUAAUCACGGUUGUUGAUUUUGAGAAUUUUUUUCAACAUGAAAUCCAUUAUGAAAUAAUGAUUUAGAGCUUUUUAAUGGAAAUUCCAAAAGGCAAAAAUAAUUAACAUUCAAUGGCCAAAAGAUUGAACAUAUUCCAUUGUCUCUGUCAGGUCCACAUUGGGUAGACACCAAUGGAAACAUAGACAAUUACUAUGAAAUAACAAAAUAUAUUUCAGUUGUGUAUAUAUUACUUAGUUUUUAUUUGAAGACUAUUAUUUUUCAUUCCUUAAAGUCGUCAUCUUAUCUCUACUCAGGCUGUAGCAGUCAGCCAGCCAGACCAUCUAACGUUAUCUCUGCUCAGGCUGUAGCAGUCAGCCAGCCAGACCAUCUAACGUUAUCUCUACUCAGGCUGUAGCAGUCAGCCAGCCAGACCAUCUAACGUUAUCUCUGCUCAGGCUGUAGCAGUCAGCCAGCCAGACCAUCUAACGUUAUCUCUACUCAGGCUGUAGCAGUCAGCCAGCCAGACCAUCUAACGUUAUCUCUGCUCAGGCUGUAGCAGUCAGCCAGCCAGACCAUCUAACGUUAUCUCUACUCAGGCUGUAGCAGUCAGCCAGCCAGACCAUCUAACGUUAUCUCUACUCAGGCUGUAGCAGUCAGCCAGCCAGACCAUCUAACGUUAUCUCUGCUCAGGCUGUAGCAGUCAGCCAGCCAGACCAUCUAACGUUAUCUCUACUCAGGCUGUAGCAGUCAGCCAGCCAGACCAUCUAACGUGAUCUCUACUCAGCCUGUAGCAGUCAGCCAGCCAGACCAUCUAACGUUAUCUCUGCUCAGGCUGUAGCAGUCAGCCAGCCAGACCAUCUAACGUUAUCUCUGCUCAGGCUGUAGCAGUCAGCCAGCCAGACCAUCUAACGUUAUCUCUGCUCAGGCUGUAGCAGUCAGCCAGCCAGACCAUCUAACGUUAUCUCUGCUCAGGCUGUAGCAGUCAGCCAGCCAGACCAUCUAACGUUAUCUCUGCUCAGGCUGUAGCAGUCAGCCAGCCAGACCAUCUAACGUCACGUGUUCCCCAUCUUUAGUCAUCCUGUUUAGCCAGCCUGUCUUAAGUAUGCUGCAGAGCUGUCUGACGUAAUCAUUACUAGUUCUUCAAAGUAGAUGAGGCAUGCUAACUCUCUAUCCCUCUCUCUUGUUGUUAUGUGGUCUGUGCGUAUCUUACCUAACGUAGCAGGCGUAAAAGUGUAUCCUUCCAGAGAUCUGUAUAUAAUGACGAGAUGCUCAUGUCUCCGCUCUAACAAUGGGAGUCGUUUUCCCAAAUGUGGGAAGGCAGGCGACAAGCUUAGGUCCAAAAUAAGCCCAUAGAAACGCAUUGGGAUAUUUUUGGACAGAUUGUGGAGAGAGUGAAACCUCUCGCUUCGCCUCUUCCUCUCUGAUCCGUCUGAGCCCAAAGAAAACUGACGCAAUGGAUUAUGGUCAUUGCAGUUCAUUACCACGUUUCGGCGCUGAACUAGGUUGAGUAUUUGCUUAAUGAAAACGACAACUCCCUUCAGCCCAGCGUCCCACAUAGUUCUUGACUUGAUUUCUCUCCUGAAUGAUUUGAUUUCUCCCUAGAGAAACGGCGGGUUGGGCUCACAAAAAAAACAGCUAAAUGGAAUUCAAGUAGUUGAACCGACGUCAGUCAAAAAAAUUAAAUGUCUGUUAAUUGCUCAGCACUAGAGAUUGAUGUUGAUUAUUUGAGUGUGUAUUGAUGAUGAUGAUGAUGGUGUGUAUGUUUGUGUCUGUAUCGAUGCUUUAUGUGUAUCUAUGAUAUACUGUGUGUGUGUGUGUGUGUGUGUGUGUGUGUGUGUAUCUGUCUCAGAGCUGCAGCAGAGAGUUUCUGUCCUCCAGAAGGCUCUGGAGAUCACGCGGAUGGCCCGGGAGGAGGACCAGCAUGCAUUGCAACAGGAAGUGGAGGAGCGGAACGGACUGGUGCUGAGUGCUAACACAGAGAAUGACCAGCUGACCGCAGAGAACACACACCUACACACCCUGCUCCAGGUAACACACCUAUACACCCUGCUGCAGGUAACACACCUAUACACCCUGCUCCAGGUAACACACCUAUACACCCUGCUCCAGGUAACACACCUAUACACCCUGCUCCAGGUAACACACCUAUACACCCUGCUCCAGGUAACACACCUACACACCCUGCUCCAGGUAACACACCUAUACACCCUGCUCCAGGUAACACACCUAUACACCCUGCUCCAGGUAACACACCUAUACACCCUGCUCCAGGUAACACCCCUGCUCCAGGUAACACACCUAUACACCCUGGCUCCAGGUAACACACCUAUACACCCUGCUCCAGGUAACACACCUAUACACCCUGCUCCAGGUAACACACCUAUACACCCUGCUCCAGGUAACACACCUAUACACCCUGCUGCAGGUAACACACCUAUACACCCUGCUCCAGGUAACACACCUAUACACCCUGCUCCAGGUAACACACCUAUACACCCUGCUGCAGGUAACACACCUAUACACCCUGCUCCAGGUAACACACCUAUACACCCUGCUCCAGGUAACACACCUAUACACCCCUGCUGCAGGUAACACACCUAUACACCCUGCUCCAGGUAACACACCUAUACAACCUGCUCCAGGUACACACCUAUACACCCUGCUGCAGGUAACACACCUAUACACCCUGCUCCAGGUAACACACCUAUACACCCUGCUGCAGGUAACACACCUAUACACCCUGCUGCAGGUAACACACCUAUACACCCUGCUCCAGGUAACACACCUAUACACCCUGCUGCAGGUAACACACCUAUACACCCUGCUCCAGUACACCCUGCUCCAGGUAACACACCUAUACACCCUGCUCAGGUAACACACCUAUACACCCUGCUCCAGGUAACACACCUAUACACCCUGCUCCAGGUACACACCUAUACACCCUGCUCCAGGUAACACACCUAUACACCCUGCUCCAGGUAACACACCUAUACACCCUGCUCCAGGUAACACACCUAUACACCCUGCUCCAGGUAACACACCUAUACACCCUGCUCCAGGUAACACACCUAUACACCCUGCUCCAGGUAACACACCUAUACACCCUGCUCCAGGUAACACACCUAUACACCCGGCUGCAGGUAUCCACUAAGGCCCAGAGAAUCCCGCCGGGUUUUUCUUUAAGGCAAAUAUGCUCCUCUGCUGGUGCAAUGGGUCUAAUGACACAUAUGUGAAGAAGUAGAGGUUGACUGCACUUCCCGUCUCAACACACUAACACAAUACAUGUCAUUCGACAUUUAAUUACGAGGACCUCUGCUCUACACUGUUAGCUAUUUGACCAGUCAGUUAAACAGGUGAUGUAGUUAGUUUGUUUUCAUGAAAAGUGUUGGAUCACGUCCAACUACGCCAAUUAUUUUAAUUGGCUGAUACAGAAUUUGUUACUGGACAUAAUCGUGUUGGUCGUACUUAGCGUAGUGGCUAACUGUGCCAGGUUGUCGUAUGAAAGAAGCUAGCAGCUAGCCAGCCAUUUUAGACCUAAUGUCUAAACCUCUGGUCUAAGCAAAAGUACGGACCCUCUUUGUUUGGCAUCACCAUAACAGAAUUAUUAAAAACAUACAUCAGUCACUUACAACUCCUGUUAAUUCAGUGGUAGAUGCAGCAGGACUGAACUCUAGUGGGCGUUUAGAAGGCACACAGUGUAGAGUAGUUUGGUGGGCUUAGAUCAAAACAGUCUCCAUGAGAAAGUAGGAUUUUUCUGUUGUUGAAUAUUAACCCUUUGUUAACCCUCUGCCUCCCUCCCUCACCCCCUCGGUCCCUCCCUCCCUCUCACCUCUCCCUCCCUCCCUCCCUCUCCCCUCACCUCUCCCUCCCUCCCUCCCUCCCCCCUCACCUCUCCCUUCCUCCCUCCCUCUCCCCUCACCUCUCCCUCCCUCCCCUCACCCCUCCCUCCCUACCCUCACCCCUCCCUCCCUCCCCCCUCCCUCCCUCCCUUCCUUCCUUCCUCCCUCCCUCUCCCCUCACCUCUCCCUCCCUCCCCCCUCUCCUCUCCCUCCCUCCCUCCCUCCCUCCUCCCUCACCUCUCCCUUCCUCUCCCCCAGGAACAGGAGGAGACUCUGCAGGAGCUGAAGAGGAGGUUGGGGGAGGUGCAGAGAGAGAGGGAGAGAGACGGGGAGGCACUACGACGACACACCAGUGAACUGGGCUACAUCACGGAGAGAGAGGAGAGAAUGAAGAAAGAAUUAGAG